AUGGGUUUUGGUCGAUCCUUACUGGCAUUUGCUCUUGGCCUCUCUUUCUCGGGUUCACGCCUCUUGGCCAAGGCCUACGAUAACAGCCGUUCUGACAAUGAUGACAUCAUCGACGCAAUCCCUAUCGCUUUCCUGAACGUCUUCUUUGGCGAGGGUGGAGAGCCAUCCAUCGACUUGGCCAACACAUGCAGUACGUCGAGCGACCCGGUGUUCGAGGGCACGCAGCUGCCCGAUUGCAGCUUCCUUGGACCGGACAUAGAGACGUGCCAAAGCGCGGGGAAGAUCGUGACCAUCAGCCUCGGCGGUGCGAGCGGCUCCAUCGGCUUCAGCAACGAGAGCCAGGCGGAGGGGUUCGCGAAUACCAUCUGGGAUCUAUUCCUUGGCGGCUCGAGCAGCAUCCGUCCGUUCGGAGACGCUGUGCUUGAUGGGAUCGACUUGGACAUUGAGGGGGGCUCCUCAGAUUACUACUCCAACUUUGUGGCCUCUCUUCGCUCCUUGAUGGACGGGGGAAGCAAGAGUGUCAUCGAUGCUGAGCCGUUCGACGCGGUCUACGUGCAAUUCUCUCCGCCCUCACAAUGGAUCCUAGACAACAACUAUUGCGAGCUUACGAACUUUGACGACUCGAAUGAUUGGGACUUCGCAACCUGGGACAAUUGGGCUAAGGAGACCUCGCCCAACCCUAGUGUCAAGGUCUACAUCGGGGCGCCCGCUGCGUCUGCAGCGGCCGGAUCAGGGUACGUUGAUGCGGCGACGCUCGGUCAGAUCGCUAUCGAAACGCGCAACAAUUACUCCUCAUUCGGCGGCGUCAUGUUGUGGGACGCUUCCCAAGCCUAUGCGAAUGACCGCUACGACGAGCAAGUUAAGAACUCGAUCACGGAAGACGGGAGCGCGUCGACAACUACGCCUACAACCACUAGCACGACUUCGACCCCGACUCCGACAACUACGUCAUCGACAUUGACAACGACAACGACAACAGCGCCUGCGACCACGACGACAUCGGCCGGGUCUGGAGACUGCGCCGGGGUCGCCACCUGGGUCUCCAACGUUGCAUAUGUGGGUGGCGAUCAGGUCGUCUACAACGGAGAUCUCUGGACGGCGAAUUGGUGGAGCUACGCAAGUGCCCCUGGAGGAGCAGCAGGCGCCUGGACGGACGACGGCGCGUGUGCGUCUACCGACGGCGCGGUCGCCGUCAAGAUGGUGUUCCAGAGCAAGGAAGCCCCGCUGAACGUUCCUCCGAAGGUGUCGGCGGUGCCGAACCUGUCCCUGUCGGCCGCACUCGCCCGGAAGACGGCCGCUCCGCCACGGAAGAACUCACGCUUCUUCGGGGCCUAUCAAGGGCUGUUCUCUUUGCAUGCAUCGUCUGCGUAUAGAGCGGGUUCAUCGUUGUCGCCUGGUAUAUGGAGGGCGGCCUUUGACGGCAACAAUGCUGAACUACUGAUGCCGAAGACGUGCUUCCAUUAUCUUGAUGGGCCGUAUUGUGUCCAACAUGCUUCGAUCGAGCUCGCUGUGCUUGCUUCUGUGAUGUCAUACACACCAGAUACAAUCAUCAAGCUGCCUUCUGUUUUGCAACCCUUCCAGAUCGGACAGGGCGAAGUAUUGCAAUAUGCCAUUCCUGCUUCGCCAGCGUUCAUGCUAAGUCCUUCUCAACGCAGGCUGAUCAAAGGUGACAAGGUCGAGUACCGCCCCAUCGGUGGCGCCAGCGACAAGGUCACACACUCCACUGGCGUUAUCGAGUCGGUUUCCGAAGGUGAUGACGGGGCUCCCCGUUACACCAUCACGAACGACAACACGGGGAAGUCCACCACUUACCAGGAGGCAAACCUUGUCAAGAAGCUUUGA